UUCAUGGCCUCAACUAUGCAUCAAAGUUAUGAAAUUGGUCAAACACGAGAUUCGACUGUUAUCUUGGACAAUCAAAUGCGCUGACUAACAGUCAAUGCGCCACGUCACUGCCAAGUCAGCACAUACUAGUUAAAAUUUUUGGUUUUUUCCACCUAUUACCAUUUAUCUUUCUUAUUCUAAAAUUUCUUUUCCUUUCUUUUUCUUCUUUUGUUCAAAAUAAAAAAACAUAAAUGAUAAUAGGUGAAAAAAACUAAAUUUUUUAAGUGGUGUGUGCUGACUUGGCAGUGACAUGGUGGGUUGACCGUUAGUCAACGCGUUUGGCUGUCCAAGAUUAUGGUCAAAUCUCAGGUUUGGCCAAUUUCGUAGUUUUGAUGCAUAGUUGACGCCACGAAGUUACAGAUCGAAAAGAUUGACCAAGAUGUUUAAUUUGUGAAACGUGUUUAGAUUGGCCCAUACAAAUAUGUUUAAGUUGCGGAACUUGUUUCACAACUGCGACCAAUUAGUCUCAGUCAGUUUCUUUACAAGGUUAUCACUAAGAUUAUUGCAAAUAGACUGGGAUCUUUGCUUCCUUCUUUGGUCUCUGAAGAGCAGAAUGGAUUCGUUAGGGACCGUCAAAUUGUUGAUAAUGUUCUAAUUGCUCAUGAAGUCACGCAUUUUGUGAAGAACAAGCAUAAGGGGAAGGAAAAAUUAAUGGCGCUAAAAUUGGACAUGGAGAAAGCUUAUGACAGAACCGAGUGGCCUUAUUUGUUUGCUUUACUCAGUAGAUUGGGAUUUGCUCCUCAAAGGAUUGGGUGGAUCCGUGAAUGUGUUACUACUGCGUCCUUUUCGGUGAUGAUGAAUGGGUAGCCUUCUAGUUAUUUCAAGUCUACUCGUGGACUCCGUCAGGGUGAUCCUCUCUCCCCGUUGUUAUUUUCCCUUUGUACGGAAGGUCUUAUUGCAUUGAUUAAGCAAGCUUUACAUCGGCAUGAGAUUCAUGGAAUUAGGGUUCACCAUUCUUGUCCUCCUAUCUCUCAUCUUUUGUUUGCUGAUGAUUCUUAUUUGUUCUUGAGGGCAUCCAGGAGGGAUUGCACUGCUUUGAUUCACUUACUUCAUGAGUAUGAAUCUUUAAGUGGUCAGCGAGUGAAUCUGCAUAAAUCUGCAGCCUUUUUUAGCCCUAAUCUUCUUCAGCCGGAUCAAGAGGAGUUAAGUUCCCUUCUGGGGGUUGGUUCUUUUGGAUUGCACGAUAAGUAUCUUGGAUUACCGUUGCUUAAGGGUCAAUCCAAGGUUGAUACUUUUCGGUUCAUGGAGGAAAAUUGUUAGAGGUGCUUCACGGGCGGAAACAACGGGCUUUAUCCGCAUCAGGGAAGGAAGUACUUUUGAAAACAAUAGCCUCGGCUCUUCCAAUUUAUGUAAUAUCUUGUUUUCGCCUUCCUUCUGAACUUAUUCGUAGGCUAAAUGCACAUAUGGCAAGGUUUUGGUGGGGGGCUACUCAGAAUCAACGUCGCAUUCAUUGGCGUGCUUGGCGAGGAUUAUGUGCUAGUAAAUUUGAAGGAGGCCUUGGUUUUCGAGAGUUUGGAUAUUUUAAUCAAGCACUUCUUGCUAAAGUGGCUUGGCGAAUUCUUCAAGAACCCAAUUCUCUUCUUGCUAGAAUCUAUUGCGCUCAGUAUUCUUUCGGUUCAGAUUUCCUCUCUAUUUCGGCCUGGGGGUUUGCUUCCUGGGGUUGGCGUAGCAUUCUUUUUGGCAGGGAUCUUUUGCUGCAGGGUUUAAGGUGGCAAGUUGGCGCAGGGGAUACUAUCAGAGCAUUCAGUGAUCCUUUGAUACCUUCUUCUCCACCAACUGUUCCCAAACUGAAAUCAGGAAGUAUCCCCCCUCCUCCUAUUUAUGUUUCUGCCCUCAUUGAUCGUGGCACGAAAUUGUGGAACCUACGAGCUUUGGAGCUUUUCUUCUCGCCAGAUUCUAUUGCUGCUAUCCAGUUUCCUUUAUCUUUUCGCCCAGUUCCGGAUCGAGUAAUUUGGCAUUACGAGACUUCUGGGGAUUUCACAGUGAAGUCCGCUUAUCAUCUUGCUUUCUCUUUACUCGACUCUCCUGUUCGUAAGCUUGGUGCGUCCCUUUGGAUCGAUCAAUUUGGAAGUGGGUUUGGAGCAGGGUUCUUCCUCUGAAGUUACAUUUCUUUCUGUGGCAACGUCUUCUUCGUAUUUUGCCAACAAGGGAAGCUUUGUUUAUUCGAGGUGUGAAUCUGCUCCCUAUCUGCCCUGUUUGUGGACGGAAAGAAGAGACGGUCGAGCAUCUUUUCUUCACCUGCUCGUUUGCGAGGAAGCUUUGGCGUAUGGUUGGUUUGGAGCAUCUUCUUCACCAAUGGGAGACUAGAUCCUUUUAUGGGUUUAUAAGGUACUCUUUAUUUUCCAUUGAUGGUAUAGAUUCAGAUUAUCCUGUCCUGCAGGUUGUCUGUUUACUUUGGCGUCUAUGGAAGAAUCGCUGCUCGGUGCAUUUUGAACAUAAACAGUUGCUGCUUCCCAUUUUAGCAUCUCAGUGGCGUCACCAAGUUGACGAAGCGGACAAGGCUCUUCUCCAACCUAGUCGACAGUCUCCUCUUCCCAAUAGCUUUCACUUUCCUGCAGGUUCUCCAAUUCUUUGCUCGGCGAAGUUUGAUGCUGCGAAAAGUGGGAUCGGGUGGUGUUGCGGCUGCUGUUCUGUUGGAUGAUUCAGGAGGUCUCCUUGCAGCUUCAGUCAGUCAUUAUCCUGGGAUUUGGGAUCCUUUCAUAGUUGAAGCCUUGGCCCUCCGUGAUUGUCUGCGUGAAUGCCGUCGGCGACAGUUACAUUCCAUUAAUAUUGGCGGUGAUGCAAAGGUGUUGAUUGAUAAAUGUCGGAAACGUGAUGUGUCGGAUGCGAGGGCAGGAUCUAUCCUUCAAGAAAUUUGUUCUCUUUUGGAAGAUUCUCCGGGGUUUCAAGUUCAUUUUGUGGGUCGUACUAGGAACAGAGUGGCUCAUUCGGUAGCUCGUCAUGCUCUGUUGUUGUCACCUCGCUUUCAUAGGGGGUUUGACUACGUUUCAUGGUUCAAUAGUCGAUAGGUUCUUAGUAAUCUCGGAUCGUGUAUUUUCCUCUUUUUAAGAGUUAUCAAUUAGGGGAAAAAAAUUGAAUACAUUUUCUCUUUGAUUAAUUGGGCCACCAGCUGAGAAGCAAUGUCGUCAUCUUCGGGGGGCCCAUAAUUGAACUAACCGGCUGAAACUGGAGGGUCCAAUAGUAAUGGGCCGCCCGCUAAGAGAGCCGGAGCAGGCGAACAAAAUCAAAACGUGCGA